AUGUCGCCUCCCCACUCCGUCGCUCCGGCCAUCCUCGCCUUCUCGCACCACCACCGCGGCCAUCUACGCGCGUGCGCGUCUAGUGCCCGCACUCACGACGCCCCGCCCGCGCGGCCUUGCGCCUUGCUGCCGCUUGUGCGGUGGCCGCCGGCGCCUACCGCGCUCCCCCGCACCUGCCGAAGGCCGCCACUGCUCGUCUCGCCGGCAUGUGUGCCCCGCAGCUCCCCGCACCCAGCGCUGCUCCUGACGUCGCCGGCCACCGAGGCCCCCAGGCGCGCUCGCCCUCGCCUCUCCUGGCGUCGGGGCAUAUUUCCAACACGGGGCCCCCUCGCCGGGACGCCCUCCCGCCUCUGCGCGAAUGCCCCCGACGCCCUGCGCCCGCCCGUCGCCGUCCCCCGCCGCCUGGAGCUCCGCGAGCCCCACCGGAGCCACCCCGUCGCCCCCUUGCCGUCACCAUUGCCUGGAGGACCACCUCGCCGGCCUGCUUCCUCCUCCCCGCCGACCUGCCUCCACUCCAUCUGCGUCGUCCCCGACGACCUCCUCGCCCCCCCGCUGCCCCGUACCCCUACAACUCCCCCCGUGAGCUCCCCCUCUCCUCCUCCGCUCUCUCUCUCUCGCACCCGCCCGUGCGACCACGUCGCCGCGCCCCUGCUCCUGGCCGUGCCGAAGCGCGCGCGCGAACCGCGCCCGUGGCGACCCCCAUCGCGCCCUUGGGGCGCGCUGAUGUCGCCUCCCCACUCCGUCGCGCCGGCCAUCCUCGCCUUCUCGCACCACCACCGCGGCCAUCUACGCGCGUGCGCGUCCGGCGCCCGCACUCACGGCGCCCCGCUCGCGCGGCCUUGCGCCUUGCUGUGCGGUGGCCGCCGGCGCCUACCGCGCUCCCCCGCACCUGCCGAAGGCCGCCACUGCUCGUCUCGCCGGCAUGUGUGCCCCGCAGCUCCCCGCACCCGGCGCUGCUCCUGA